AUGAAUGCUGGAGAAGUUAUUUACAUGUUGGUGGAAGUGCUCAUCGCUGUUAGCUGCUGUCUCGGUAACUUGUUGGUUAUUUUGGCGCUGUGGACCAGUAAAAGCAUUCAGCAGCCCACCUUCUGCCUUAUUGUGUCUCUGGCUGUGGCUGACUUCAUGGUUGGCUGCGUGGCCAUACCACUGGCUGUUGUUGUUGAUGGACGAGUGAAGACUUCAUUCCACACUUGUCUCUUCAUCAGCUGUGUGGUCAUCCUGUUGACUCUAGUUUCAGUCCUGUCUCUUCUGGCUAUUGCAGUGGACCGGUUCUUCCGGGUGUACGUCCCUCUCAGGUACAAAAGGACUGUAACCCAGAGACAUUCUUAUCUGGUGGUCGCUGCAUGUUGGCUUGUUGCAGUGCCACUGAGCUUCACUCCCACACUCGGAUGGUACAACCACAAAAACCUGUCAGAGUCUGUCAAUUCUACAAUCGUCUGCCAGUUCAUAGCCGUCAUCCCCAUGUCGUACCUGGUGUACUUCAACUUUUUCCUCUGCAACCUCACACCUCUGUUGGUGAUGAUUGUAUUGUACAGCUAUAUCUUCUGUACUAUUCGAGGCAACCUUCGAGAGAAACCAGGCAGCGUUACCCCAAAACAGUCUGAGAGCUACAUGAAGAAAGAGAAGGAGCUUGCACGAUCUCUGUCCCUGGUCUUGGCUCUGUUUGCUCUGUCCUGGCUCCCUCUCCACUUAAUGAACUGCAUUGUUUACUUUGGUAAACCAACUGAUGUGCCGAUCUCAGCGUUCCAUGUUGGCAUUGUGCUUUCUCAUGCUAACUCAGCUGUCAACCCAGUUGUGUAUGCAUUCAAAGUACAGAAAAUCAAGACGGCAUUUCUGAGGAUCUGGCGACAGUGUUUUUCACGUGCAGCAGAAAAUCAAGGAUCUCAGACAACUCAGACGGACAACAAUCCCAGCAGUAACAUUCACAGUGUGAGCAAAUGGUACUGA